AUGAAAAAUCGAGAAGAAAAAGUUCUUUCAAAUCAAUGUCGAAUAUGUGGAGCUUCAGCUGAAUAUUCUCAUUAUGGUGUUAUUUCAUGUUAUGCAUGUCAAAUUUUUUUCAGACGACAUGCAAAUUCUUCAAAAGUACCAUCAUUAAAUCUUUUACAAUCAGAUAAAUCAUUAUUAACUCAAAAUCAAUGGAGACUUAUCUUCAAUUUAUGUAAUGUAUGUAACGAAUCAAAUCUUUUUUCAACAGGUCAACUUUUAUUUAAUACAUAUUAUGAUUCAAAAUCAACUAAUAUAGUUGAUGAAACACUUAUGAAUGAAUUCUUAGUAUCUGUAUAUGAAACAGUGAGAACAUAUCUUCAUUUAAAUGAUGAUCGUUCAAUAAUACUGCAUAGUGCUGCUAAUAAUAUCACUUGUUUGACUGGUUCAUUCGUUUUGAGUUAUUGUCAUUUACUUUUUGUUGAUGCUUUCGAAAAUACUAUCAAUCUAAGAUUUGGAAAAAAUACAAUUAAUAUUCAUCAUUGGGCAGAUAAAUUUAUUGAUUCAGAUGUUGUUUUAAUUAAAUUGAGUAUUUCAUUAUUUGCUGUUUCGCAAUAUACUUAUUUAUACUCUCCAAAUAUGCUGAAAGAUUUAACAAAUCCAAUUAAUAUAUUAGAAAUUCAAAAUAAAUAUGCCGAAGUAAUAUGGAUAUAUCUUCUAUACAGAUACGGGUAUUAUGAAGCUAUUAAAAGAUUUCUUAAAUUAACUCUUUGGUUUAUUGCUGGCUGGUUUUUAUCUUAUGACGGUCAAAAAAGUAUGAAACAUGUCAAUAGUGUUCAUACAGUUGUUGAACAAACGGAAUUGAAACUUAUAUUAGAUGAUGUUGAUCAAAUUGUUGAAGAGAACAAAUAG